CCAUUUGCUUUAUAAAGACAUCACUAGGAACACCUUUGCUUUGUGAGAACUGGUCAAAAAAUACAGGAGAUAGAUAAUAGCAGUGGCAGGCAGACUUCUUGCAGGAAGUAACAAGGCUCAGAAUUGCACGGAAGAAUCAAAUUCCACAUUUCAGGGGUAGGCACAUUGGAUCAACAGAAGUUGGAACUCGUCAGGUAAAAACACAAAUAUUCACGAAUUGGAUCAUACGACCAUUUGUGCUGCUAAUAUGAAGCUAAUCAUAAUUUUUUUAUUCUGACCACAGAUGUAUCAUCAUCAGAAUCAUCAAGGACAGAACACCCAUCAUUUCUCAAGAAUGCCGAUCACUCCACAAAGGCAUUUGUUCCUGCAAGGUGGGAAUGGCGCAGGAGAUUCAGGACUUGUCCUUUCAACCGAUGCCAAACCUAGACUGAAAUGGACCCCGGACCUCCAUGAGCGGUUUAUAGAAGCAGUCAAUCAGCUCGGAGGAGCAGACAAGGCUACUCCAAAAACUGUUUUGAAACUUAUGGGUAUUCCAGGACUUACUUUAUAUCACUUAAAGAGCCAUCUCCAGAAAUACAGGCUCAGUAAGAAUCUCCAUGGACAAGCUAGUGGGAUCGACAAAUUUGCAGGAGGAGACAGGAUAUCCGAGGCAAAUGGAAUCCAUAUGAGUAAUCCCAGCAUUGGACCUCAGCCAAAUAAAAGCUUAUAUAUGAACGAAGCAAUACAGAUGCAAAUUGAAGUGCAGAGAAGGCUACAUGAGCAGCUUGAGGUACAGCGGCACUUGCAACUUCGUAUAGAGGCUCAAGGAAAGUACCUGCAGGCAGUGCUGGAGAAAGCUGAGGAAACCCUUGGAAGACAAAACUUGGGUAUGGCAGGAUUGGAGACCGCCAAGGUUCAGUUAUCUGAACUGGUUCCCCAAGUGUCCACCCAGUGCCUUAAUUCUGCAUUUUCAGGGCAGAAAGAACUUCCGGCUUUGCACCCACAGCAAACACAAACAAACCAGCCCACUGAUUGUUCAAUGGACAGCUGCUUGACCUCCUGUGAAGGUUCUCAAAGGGACCAAGAGAUGCACAAUAGUGGGAUGGGGUUGAAAGCUUUAAAUGGUACUGCACCCUUGGAGCCAAAGGAGAUUGGCAAUGAGACCAGGCUACAGGAGACUGAACUCAGACGGUGUACAGAGAUGAAAGAGCACAAAAAAUAUCUUUCUUCCAUGGCCGAGGAUACAGAAAUACUAUUUCCUGCAAAAUUAAGCCCCAACAAGUUGUCAAUGAGCACUGGACUUCAGGGAGCAAAAAGGAAUAGCAGCAACCAUUCAGAGGGAAGAUUUAUAGAAAAGCAUAUCGAUUUGAACUUCCAUGACGAAACCACAAACGUAGCGGAUUCAGUUACAAAUGAGAAACUACCACAAGGAUAUAAACUGCAUUACUUUGAAACAAGUUUGGACCUAAAUGCCCAUGAUGAAGUUGAUGCCGUCUUAAGAUGCAAGCCAUUUGACUUGAAUGGUUCCAGCUGGAGCUGAGAGUGUCAAAUGUGACUAAAAUAUGAGACUAGUCAUACACAACUGGUACUCCAAUUUUGAUUUUACAUCAGAGAAGGAAGUUAGUAUGUCAGCACAUGAACCUGCUUCUCUCUCAUCUAGGUCAGUACGCUAAUAAGUUGAACUGUUGAAGCAGGUCAUGCAUUUUAAUCUUUGUAAUAUAAAUUGAUCCAGUAAAAUGUCAUUUUACUA